GUGUCUUUUUGGCGGACGUAGAAACUAAAAUGUCAAGAUCCAUCAAAGAGCUCAGUGUUCACUACGACCCUAUUAAUGAAAGUCAUACUUUUACUAGUGGGGAUAUUGUGGAGGGGCGAGUUGUUUUGGAAGUAACCAAAGAAAUAAAGGUGGACAGUUUUUUUGUGAAGCUGACGGGGGAUGCAGAUGUGCGCUGGACUGAAGGCGAAGAUGAAGACAAAAGGACUUAUAAAGACCAUGAGAGAUAUUUCAAACUAAAGCAAUAUUUCAUUCAAGAGAGCUCGAAGAGAGGACAAAGUGAAAAGUAUACAACCCUUGUAAAUGGAGAGACUUAUGGACCAGUGAUUAGACCAGGAAGUCAUGUUUUUCCAUUCAGAUUUCAGCUUCCUCAACAAAAUAUGCCUCCAUCUUUUAAAGGAUUUCAUGGCUGGGUUAAGUAUGUCUUGACAGCAAAGUUGAGCAGGUCUUGGAAGCCAACAUCUACUGCGUCUACAGAAUUAACCUUUGUGCCGGGAAAUUAUGGGACCAAUGAUCACUUACUGCAACCACAAUCUCGCACAAAAGACAAGAAGAUGAAACUUUUUGGAUCAGGAAAAAUGUCAAUGGCUGUAAAAACAGACAAAACUGGCUAUAUACAAGGUGAAACAAUUAGUGUUUUUGUCGACAUUGACAACUCUUCAUCUCGUGACGUCAAGCUAAAGUACAGCCUCAAGCAGCAACAGACGUUCAUUGCUGGCAGUAGCACAAAUGGAGGAUACAAGGAUAUAGUCAAAGAGACUAGAGAUCGCAUCCCAUCUGGAGAAAAGUCACAAUUUACAGUGGACCUGACUCUUCCACGUGAUCUGACUGUCACCAUUGAAAACUGCAGAAUUAUAAAAGUGCAGUAUGAACUCAAGGUCUAUCUGGAUGUGUCUUUUGCAUCAGAUCUAGAAGUCAUACUUCCUGUGGUUAUUCUUCUACCUGAACAACAGUGUCCUCCCUGGCAAGGCCCACCUGGAGGAUUCCAGCCUUAUCCACCACCUCAGCCUAACCUUGUGCCUGAUCCUGUUGAGCUACCUUCUCCAUCUGCAGGUCUUGACCCCAAUUUGUGUGACCCUGCAGUGGAGAACCAUCCAGGAGCUGCUGCAGGGGACUUUCCAAAUCCAAAUGCCUUCCAGCCUGGUUUCCAUCCGGCUCCUUUUGCGCCAGUUUUUAAUCUAAAUUUAAAGCACUAAAGAAUACUCCCCUAAUUUGC